UUCCGGCAAAUUACUCUUUUAUGACAAGUAUGAAAGAAAUGGAUAGAGCACCACGAGGGAGAAGGAAACCUUAUCCAAUCAACGGGGAAGAAAGCGGAGAUGCGGAAGGCCAGAAAGCAGGGAGCCUCCUCGAAAUCCUCCGAAGCGACCCUCUACCUGCCUCCGGUCCCGCUAAAGGAGCCGGUCUCGGCAGGCUUGAAAGUGGAAUUCGGAUUCACUCCUUACAGCGAGAGGUUGAACGGGCGGAUCGCGUUUCUCGGGCUGGCGGUGCUGCUGGAGCUGGCGACGGGGAAGGGCGUGCUCAGCUACCACACCCCGUCGAUCGUCCUCGUCCUCGUCCAGAUCUAAUUCGUGGCUGCGGUGCCGGCGUUGUACAUGAACUACGAGAAGGAGAAAAUCAGCAUCUGGCCGGAGUGAAAGAAUAGAGAGCCACAAACGGA